AUGGGAGUAGAUUGUGAGAUUGGCAAUGAUGGAGAUGAAGCCGUGGGAGUAGGAUUAGAAGAUGAGAAGUAUUGGCCGCUGAUGCCUCCAUUGCCUUCAUAUGGUUAUGGUAGAGAACAUCCUGGACCACGAUUUGGAAGUUUAAUUCAUGGCCAAAACCUCAAAGAUGUUGUAGUUACAGGACAUAAUGGCACCAUUGAUGGACAGGGUCAGACAUGGUGGAAGAAGUAUCGGCAGAAGCUUCUUAACAACACUAGAGGACCACUUGUGCAGAUUAUGUGGUCUACUGAUAUUCUGAUAUCUAAUAUAACAUUGCGUGAUUCUCCGUUUUGGACACUCCAUCCCUACGACUGCAAAAAUGUCACGAUCAGAAACGUAACGAUCUUGGCACCCAUUUUUGAAGCUCCAAAUACUGAUGGCAUAGACCCUGAUUCGUGUGAAGAUAUGAUAAUUGAGAACUGUUACAUAAGUGUGGGAGAUGAUGGCAUUGCAAUAAAGAGUGGUUGGGAUCAAUAUGGGAUUGCCUAUGCACGGCCUUCAAAGAACAUACACAUUCGAAACCUUGUUGUUCGCUCCAUGGUGAGUGCCGGGGUAUCAAUAGGCAGUGAGAUGUCUGGUGGGGUGUCGAAUGUCACUGUGGAAAAUCUCCAUGUAUGGAAUUCAAGGCGUGCUAUUCGGAUCAAGACAGCCCCUGGAAGAGGAGGAUACGUUCGACAUAUAACAUAUCAGAACGUGACACUUGAUAAUGUUCGUGUGGGAAUUGUUGUCAAGACAGAUUACAACGAAUAUGCAGAUGAUGAGUAUGACCGCAAAGCUAUUCCAAUACUAGAGGACAUAAGCUACACAUCGAUACAUGGUGAAGGAGUUCGUGUGCCGGUUCGUAUUCAUGGCAGUGAUGAAAUUCCUGGACUGUUUUUCCUGCUCCAUGUGAAAACCUCGACCUUUAUGAUGAGCAAGGCCACUUGA